GGCGUCGUGGGUCUCUGCAGUUUUCCGUCUGUGCUUGUGCGCCAUAUUGGCAGUCUCCUCCAUCUCACCAGACGUUGAGCAUGCACGUCUCUAACCUGUUAUUGAGGAGAUAAGUCAUCGGAGACCGAAACAGCACCAUGGAGGCGGUGAAAGCCUUCAACAACGAGCUGUACUCGUUGAAUGAGUACAAGCCCCCCAUCUCCAAGGCCAAGAUGACCCAAAUCACCAAGUCUGGCAUCAAGGCUAUUAAAUUCUACAAGCAUGUUGUCCAAAGUGUGGAGAAGUUCAUACAAAAGUGCAAACCAGAAUACAAGGUCCCUGGAUUGUAUGUCAUCGACUCGAUUGUGAGACAGUCACGUCACCAGUUUGGCACAGAGAAGGAUGUUUUUGCUCCACGCUUCAGCAAGAAUAUCAUCGUUACAUUCCAGCACCUCUACCGUUGCCCUUCAGAUGACAAGAGUAAGAUAGUGCGGGUUUUAAACCUGUGGCAAAAGAAUGCUGUCUUCAAGAGUGACAUCAUUCAGCCCUUGUUGGACAUGGCCGCAGGGAUUCCUCCUCCGAGCGUUACUCCCAUCAUGCCGAGCAGCGUUGCCCCCGUCAAUAAUGCCACACCUGGUACCCCAGCCACUCCAGCCACCCCAGCUAACAUCGUUCAGGGUCUUCCAGACUGGGCUUCACAAAUUACUAACACAGACACAGUUGCAGCUGUGGCACAGAUAUUACAAAGUCCCCAAGGGCAACAGCUUCAACAGCUUGUACAGAGUCUCCAAAUGCAGCAGCAAAAGCCCCAACCAUCGUUGCUACAGGCCUUGGAUGCUGGUCUGGUUGUACAGCUGCAAGCUCUGACUGCUCAACUCACUGCAGCUGCAACUGCCAACAGCCUCAAUCCCCUCGAACAGAGGGUCUCCUCCUUUAACAAGAAACUCUUGGGGCAGUUUGACUUUGGAAAUGAUUCUGAGCGUAAUGAAGAAUCUAAGAAGGAAACGUCCUCCUCUCAAUUGCCCAUGGUGUCGGAGCCCAUCAACAGCUCGUUGUUCCACCAGCUUGCUGAACAACUGCAGCAGCAGAACCUGGAGCAGUUUCAGAAGCAACUGCUUGAGCACCAGCAAAAGGCUAUGAGCAUAGAAGGACAGGAUAGUAUCUUUGGACAAGAGAACUCAGUUGCAACUGCUCAGAGUAGCAGUCAACCACAGCUUCCUGAGACUGACAAGUUGGACGACUCCAUGGACAACCAACAACAGGACAUGGAUCUUGAUGAAGGGCCUGAUGGAAUGGAAGAAGAUAACUUUGAGGCAGAAGAGAAGAAGACUGCUGGGACACGUUCCAGAACACGGUCCCGGUCCCGGUCCAGGUCUCCCAAAAGGCGAAGAUCCAGGUCCCGCUCUGGCUCUCGGAAACGCAAGCAUCGGAAGCGGUCGCGCUCGCGAUCCAGAGAUCGUAAGAGGAAGACAUCACGAUCGUACUCCAGUGAAAGGCGUGCCCGAGAGCGAGAGAAAGAGCGCCAGAAGAAAGGAUUGCCUCCUAUACGAUCCAAAACGCUGAGUGUAUGCAGCACAACUCUGUGGGUCGGCCAGGUGGACAAAAAGGCUACUCAACAAGACCUCACAAACUUGUUUGAAGAGUUUGGCCAAAUAGAGUCCAUAAAUAUGAUUCCUCCGAGAGGCUGUGCUUACAUCUGUAUGGUCCACAGACAGGACGCCUACCGUGCACGACAGAAGCUCAGCACAGGUUCCUUCAAGAUUGGCUCCAAGAUCAUCAAGAUUGCCUGGGCCUUGAACAAGGGAGUGAGACAAGAGUACAAGCAAUUUUGGGACGUGGACCUUGGAGUCACAUACAUUCCCUGGGAGAAAGUCAAAGUAGAUGACUUGAAUGGAUUUGCUGAAGGAGGAAUCAUUGAUCAGGAGACUGUCAAUGAAGAUUGGGACACUAAGACUUCGGAGUCAACCAAGGAUGUCAUCGGCCAAGCAAUUAGCACCGAGACAACAUCAGCAUCUAAUAACCAGAGUGAAAGCUACAACCGGCAGGUCACCAUGAUGCCGGUGCAGCUCCCAGUGCCACAGGCUGUUCCUGGUGCAGUAGGCCUGGUGCCUCCUACCUAUCCUGUCACCAUGAGCAUACCCCCACCAGGAUAUGGGCCGCCACCACCAUUCAUAAGGCCUGGCUUCAGUGCCUCGCAACCACCUCCUGGUUUUUUGCAGGCAGCACAGACCGCAGGCCUGGCCUCUGCACCAGCUUCCCUCGUGCAGCCCUCAGUGGCAACCAGCCAAGAAACAGUGAAGGAAUCACCAUUCGGCGCAAUGAUCCCAACCACCAGCUCCAUCCCUGGCAGCUUCAUGUCGUCAAAUAUGCCGGGAGCCAGUGUGUUUAAUGCCAUCGGAGUUCAAAGUCAGCAAGACAAACUGCCACAUUCUAAGGGUUUGGAUGGAACACCAGAGCUCACACUUCAAGGCAUGCAGAAUGCCGUUCGCAGUGGAAUGGGUCUUUUAGGCAUGCACCCCACAGCCUCCAUCACUCACCCACUUCACCAGCCGCCUGGAAUGACGGGACAAAGAAUGCCUGGAAUGCUUCCUCUUGAUGUGCGCCCUAACCUCAUUCAGCCUGGGCAUGGCGCUCGAUUCCCUCUCCUCCUGCAUCAGGGACCUGGCCAGCAGCCUGGUGGCCUCCUUGACGCUUCCCUUCAGGCUCAAGCCCAUGUCAGGCCCCCCUUUUCUCAAUUAGAUCCUUUUAACAGGCCGCCUCACCAGGCCAAUAAUAAUGUAUCUAAGGCAGAAGAGUCCUCUUCAGGGGCAGAUGAGGGGAAAGACCAGGACUACCGCUUCCCCCCAGUUGAAAAGCAGAGCACAGGUUUGCUGAGAACCCCCCCACCAGAGCAUCGGGCGCCACUUGGUGGUGGUGGUGGUGGAGGAGGAGGAGGAGGAGGAGGAGGCAGGCCUGCCUUGCUGCAAACCCCGGGGACUCAGCCUGCCAGAAACAGUCUGCUCGGACGUCUGCAGGCCCUUGCUGGCUUUACCCCUGAUAACCCCUGGAACCAGUCCAGAGGGGACUUUGAUGAACGAGAUAGCAUACGAGGUGGUCCUCAGGAGGAUCGCCCCUCCCCAGGGCAGAACUUCCCAAAUCGCUUUGACAGCCGUUCUGGAAGCAUAGCGAAAAAUGUAGGUGGCCCACAGCCCUGGAACCGUAGUGGUGGCGCCGCAGGAAAUUUUGAAAGUGACUUAGAUGAGCGAAGAUCCCAAUGGGACAGGCAGAGAGAUAGGGAUGAACGAGAGUUUGACUUCAGGAGAGAAAUGAAUGGAAACCGUCACAGCCGAGAACGGGACAGAGGGCGAGAUCGGCCCAGAGAACACGACCGCGAUAAAGACAGAGAGCGGGGCAAUUGGACACCCGUUCUCCCUCUACCGACACCUCUUCUUCCAACCCCACCCCUUAACCCCAAACUGGCCCUGAACCAAGGGAAGCUGCUCUCCCCACUCAAAUUUAACACCCCCAAUCAAUCUCGAUUCCAGUCCCCCCUGUCUCAACCUCAGGCCAAACCACCUUUGUUAGGUCAGAAUCAGCCGCCCGUCGUGUCACCAGAGCCAAGCAAGGUUGGCCAUGUUGCUGAGGCUGAACCGCAGCAAGAUGUCACUACUCUCCCAGAGACCCCUCAAGACCACACGCCCUCAGCUCAAGCAGCACCCGACAAAACUCAGAGUCCAUUUGCAGGCUCUCCCACGCGGCUCUCACAGCAGCCCGACAACCCACUACUCACCGAAUCACUACUCCCACCCACUGAGCAAACCUCUCCCCAGUCGUCUUCUGAUGACACUCCAGGCCAGGCCACUCCAGUGGCCUUCAUGCAGGCUGCCAGCCCCCCUGAAGAGACAAGGUACUCUCUGGAGGAGCAGCAACGUCCACUGGAGGAGAAUGAGGAAGUCUUACAAGAGAAAGCUCCCUCACCCCAAGCCCAGUGGGUGAGUGGAGAUGAGAUGGACAAAAGCACUGUGAUGGAGCCCACACCGGAUGCCUCUCCAGAUCUCACCUCGGAGCCAUCCGGUUCUCUGCUUCCCGAAAAUGAAGCGGAGCAGCAGCAAGCUGCCCCUCCUAAGGACGUAGACAUUGAACAGAGUGAGGCCAUGGAGGAAGCCGCGAGUGAGCCAGUGCUAGACACUGACACAGACACUGAGGGGACAUAAUCAUCACUCAGUAGGUAACAGAUCAUUUUGUAAAGUUGUCUCUUCUUCUCUGUACUCAUGUCAGCAAAGCAUCACCACCACCACACGGGACACUGACAACCAAUAAGAAAUUCCUCACAAAUACCAGUGUACUUAAAUAGCUGACUUACUCGUAGAACAUCCUAUUUGUGUUUUAUUUCUUUUUUUUAAGUUGUACGACCAUCACGUAUGAUUUUAUGAAUCAAAGCUUGGCGAAUUUUUUUUAUCAAAUUAACCACCAAAAUGUUUCAUUUGUCUGUGAGGGGAAAUGAGCUUUGACCUUCCUAUGGAAGCGAGGAGGACACCAUGGCUGUUCAACAAAGAAUCGAAUUUAGUUGCACACAGUACUUGAAAAAUAGUAGUCGCUGACUCAUUUCUGUCUCCUCUUUUAAACGCUGCUGCAAAGUUUUAGUAAAUGCUUGGGAGUCUUUAGUCUGCACAAACAGUAAUUCCAUUACCGCUCUUAGAAUCGGAGCCACUUGAAAUAAAACCAUGAACAUGUUGUAUCCUCCAAAUCGGUGUAUGUAAUCUGUUUCGAAGUAAUGCAGGCAAGCCAAGCAAACAACAUAGCAAUGCGGAGGAACAUUAAGUCAAUGGACGGAGGAGGGUUAUGCUGGAUGUCAGGUGCAUAUUGUUUUAGUGUGAAAUAAACAUCAUUUGUCUCCUAUAAAACACAUGCUUUAGGACUGCUUUCUGACCCAGGACCAGUGGAAACACUUCUUUACACACUUUACUGUCACUUCAGGCAAUUUGAUGUUCUUGGAACUCAAAUCCAUCCAUAGAGCACUCUGGUGGAUGGGAACCAGGGACGUGUAGUUCUUAAUUAUGGAUGGCAUCAGCCUGUGUGUGACCCUGGGCUUUUGCUUGCUGACUUGCAGAUGAUAUGGGAUUGUGCCUUUUAUUGAACGGACUCUUUCAACAUUAAUUUGCGAUAUACUGUACACCAGACGGUGUGUGCUUUGUAAAGGAAACGCUACCUGCACAUAAUUGACAGGCCUGACGUGUGUGUGUGUGUGUGUGAGAAUUGUGGUAGCUGAACAGUUUGUACAGCACUCAACAUAGAAAAGACACUAUAUACUCCUUGUUGUGUGCAUGCAGGCUUGUACCAGCCAUCUUUGAACCCUCCUGUCGUGUUCAUUUCAUGCUUGUAGUGCUUUUAUGCUGAGGCAUACCAUUAGAGGCUAUACUGUUCCACUACAGGAGAUGUGAUGUUAAAUAAAAGUUGAAGGUGCAUCAUA